AGAAGCAUGAACAAUUAAAGACUUCAAGUACAAAAACUGGACUUACAGAAGCUGCCACGAUGAAGAUUCAAUGCGACGUUUGUGGGAAAGAAGCAGCGUCCGUAUUCUGCACCGCGGAUGAAGCUGCCCUCUGCCAGAACUGCGACAACAGAGUUCAUAACGCCAAUAAGCUGGCUAGCAAGCACCCUCGUUUCUCUCUUCUUAAUCCUCAGUUGAAAGAAUCUCCCCGCUGCGACAUUUGCCAGGAAAGACAAGCAUUACUGUUCUGUCAAGAAGACAGGGCUUUACUUUGUCGAGAUUGUGAUAUACCAAUACACAAGGCCAACGAACUCACCAAGAAGCAUAACAGAUUUCUUCUAACAGGGGUUAAGCUUUCUGCAGCCGUUACUACGCAUCAAGGUGCUACAUCGUCCAGUGAAAGAGAGAUCAAAACCUCAGCUGCUAAUGCAAGCUCAAAUGCAAAUUGUUCAGAGACAUCAUCGAAUCCUAUGAGGGGGAAUGAGCCGAGCCUACCCGUCAGUGAGCAAGCUUCAGACUCGACCAGUAGCAUAUCGGAGUACUUAAUAGAGACUAUCCCCGGUUGGCAUGUUGAAGACUUGAUGGAUCCUUCUUCCCAUUACGGUUACUAUUGAUGAGGUCACAUCUUUAUCAAAUGAAUAAUCCAGAUCAACCUUGGGUGUUUUCAGCAAAAGGCAUGUACAAGAUCAAGUUCAAAACACAAGAGGUACAAGGAUUUAGGAUAAAUAUGGUUUUGAUAUCCCAAGUCAGGUCACUAUCAGUCAACAUGUGAAAGGAUUUGGAGAAGAACGACAGGAGGAAAGCCUCUACUGGUUAUUCCAUGUCUAUUUAAUCUUCUUCCUUUUUUCUCAUUCUGUGGUCCCUCCUCGCCGCUCUUUAUUAAGUAACAAAGUAAGGCACAAUUUAAUGACCUAAACUGAAUUCUUCUAUCCUUUUGUUUGCAGCUCCUCUCAAAGAGGAUAAAUGUUUUUGAUCAAACCCCUUUUCCCCCACGCCAAUCUAAGUGGAAAGGUUUAUUU